CCGUUAUGACAAUUACAAUUAAAAAAAAAUCGAUAUCGUGUUUCAAACUCUUUAUUUCAUAAAAAAAUAAGAAAUAUAGUGACAUAACUGACAGUUGUCAUAAUCGCUGCCUGCUGACACUUGACUUAUUAUUGUUUUUUAUAUUUAUAACCGUAUUUCAAAUCAAAAUGCUGAAAUCUCACUUUGACAUCAGCCAGAGGGGAGGAACUGAGGAAGAUUUAGUGGAAGAAGAAGAAGAGGAAGAAGUAGAAGAAGCGGUGACGAGGAGUGAGUCAAGCGUGGUAGAUGAAGCUAAGAAAGUGACAGUUUUAAAGACGAAGCCAACAUUCGCUGAGAGAAAACUCAACCGGUCCGAAGUGAGUGUUCGUCAAAGUCUGCUCGGAAAGACUGCGGAUGGCGAUGGUUACGCUUUCUUAAAAGCAACGUGUACAGGCAUGCAAUUAACCAACAUAAGGGCUAUCGCAUCCUUCAAGCACUUGCAAUUUGUCGACGUCUCUGACAACUUCCUUACUACCGAAGCUCUGCAAGUCGUUACUAAAAUACCUUUCCUAGUACUAAUACAUGCUGAUAAAAACCAUUUAGAUUCCGCUUAUUUGAAGAAAUCUAAAUACUUACAAGUUAUAAUAAUGAACAGUAACAAUAUAUCAUCUGUGUUUGAUGUUUAUCACCCCGAAUUAAGUACAUUAGAAGUGGGUAACAAUGAGAUUGCAAAAAUCGACUUUAGAGACCGAAUGCCUACACUCAGAUGUUUAGACUUUCGUUAUAAUCGAAUUUCGGAUAUAUCCAACUUAAAUUUCCCUAACUUGGACAGUCUUUACUUAGCGGGAAAUAAGAUAAGUAGUCUAGUUGGUAUUGAGAAUUUGGUUAACCUGCGUAUCCUCCACGUUCGGAAUAAUCCGAUAAAGUUAUUGAACGGUUUUAAUGCUGACCAUACAAAACUCCAGUAUAUCAAUCUACGAAACUGUAAGGUGAUAACAAUGAUGCAAGUUAAGAAGUUACAGUGUUUGCCAGCACUGGAAGUUAUAGUACUGAAAGGUUGCCCAUUCAUGGGUGGAACUGGUGAAGAGGGCACAGAAGUGGAAGAGGAUGAUAGUGAACUAAGAAUAGAGGUGCUCGCAACAUUGCCGAGAUUGAAGAGGCUUAACAAAGGUGUAUUCACACCAGAGGAGAGGUCUGAAGCAAAAAAUCUUAUGGUACAAAUACUUGAAGAAGGUGAAAAUGCUGCUGAAGAAGGCAGCGAAGAGGCUCUUGAUGAAGACACAAAUGAUAUGUAAUUGUCUUAAUAAGUCCUGCUAACUGAUCUUUCAAGUUUGUUAAUAAUUGUGUCAUUAAAUGUGUUUUACUCAUAAAUAAAGGACUUCACAAACACA